AUGGAUGCGGACUGGGACGAGGUCACCCGCAUCGCCUUCCCGGCGCCCGGCUCCAAUGACUUCCCCCGACCAGCCACUACGCUAGCCUUUGACACGAUUGCCGAGUUAUUAUGGGCGGGAAACGACCGAGGCCGCGUGGUCUCGUUCUACGGCCGCGAACUACAACGGUACACCGCAUUCAAGAUACACCCUUCCGGUGAGGGACCGGUGCGACAAUUCCUGUUCCAUGACAAGGGCAUUAUUGCUCUCGGCACGAGGAGCGUGCAUAUGGCUAUGCGAAGGGGGCCGGCACUAUGGAAUAUCCGGCACGACGACAUGAGAGACUUGCAGUGCAUGAGCUUCACCUCGAAGGGUGCUUCCGAGAUCGUCGUUGCUGGCUUUCAAAACACCAUGUUUGUCAUUGACGUGAUCAAGGGGGAGAUUGUCAAGCAGGUUCCUACAGAACAUUACUACACCAUCAUGAAAAAGAGCAAGUAUAUAUGCGCCGCGACUAGGAAUGGCAGCGUUCAUCUACUUGACCCAAUAACCUUCCACAUCGUCCGGAGCUGGCAGGCCCACGCCUCCUACAUCAACGACAUGGACGCCCAGAACGAUUUUAUUGUUACUUGCGGUGGCUCACUCAAACAGCAGGCCGCCCAAGCAUACAUGCUCGACCCGUACGUCAACGUCUUCGACUUGAAGAACAUGGUUUCAAUGAAGCCUAUGCCGUUUCCACCCUUGGCCGCCCACGUGCGGCUGCACCCACGGAUGCUUACCACCAGCAUCGUGGCCUCUCAACACGGCCAGAUGCACGUUGUUGAUAUUAUGAACCCCAACACCAGUAAUGUAAGGUACGCGAACGUGAUGUCGGUCAUCAGCCUCUUUGAGAUGGCGCCAUCGGGCGAGGCGCUUGCCAUGGCCGACAACGAGUGCAACAUCCACCUCUGGGGUUCACCCUCCAAACUCCACUUUACCGACAUGGCGAUACCAAUCGAUAUGCCCAAGGCCGAAGAGUCCGCCCCGAUGCUCGAUUGGUCUCCAGAUACCCCCCUGAGCUCCGUCGGAAUGCCCUACUAUCGGGAGCAACUGUUCUCCGCCUGGCCCGCCGAUAUCAUCUCUGACGUCGGCGGCCCGCCCGUGCAGCUUGACCCGGCUCUUCUGUCCACCCUCAAGCAGACUGAAUGGGGGUUGUAUGGGAGAAACACUCGUGGGCUACGACGCAAUCAGGUUGAAGACACGAGGGUGAAUAUGAAGCCAUCUUUACAACCGCCCAAAUUCCUGAGUGAGAAGGCGCGCGAAUCGGCCUUGUCUUACACUACCACACCAGAACUCAAGCCGGAGCAAUUGGCGGAACCGCCGCCGUCUAACGAACUCGACAGUCUCAAGCCAGAAGCGCCGGCCAUGUACCGGAAUCUGGAGAUCAAGUACAGCAAGUUUGGGGUGGACGACUUUGACUUUGGAUACUACAAUAAGACGCAGUAUGCGGGUCUCGAGAACCACAUCCCGAACUCGUACGCCAACUCUCUCCUGCAGCUCAUGCACUACACACCGCUCUUGCGGAAUCUGGCGCUCCAGCAUGCCGCGACGGCGUGUGUGAGCGACUUGUGCUUGUUGUGCGAACUCGGGUUUGUUUUCGACAUGUUGGAGAAGGCGGAGGGUUCCACAUGCCAGGCAACAAACUUGUUCAAGGCUUUAGGUGCUACGCCUCAAGCUGCUCCCCUCGGGCUGCUGGAAGAGGAGACGCACGUGCCGUCACUCUCGACAAUGUCCCAAGGCCUAAGCCGAUUUCUGUUCGACAGGAUUAACCAUGAGUACCGGAGCAUCCCUCCGGUCUCAACCAGACUCGAACAAAUGCUGUUCCAACUUCCCCAACCGCCCACUGCGGACGACUUGGCGUCCCGCGUUCUGGCCACAUCCGCCGUGGUCACCAUCAAGUGCAUGAACUGCCGGAGCGAGACUACGCGCCCCGGCACCGCGCAGGUGAAUGAUUUGAUGUAUCCUCCACCCAAAGGCGCCGUAAGAGGUGGCAGGGCACACAAAACCAUCUUUUCUCAGGCACUCAAGAUGGGUGUUGAGAGGGAAACGGCGUCCAAGGGAUGGUGCAGUCGGUGUCAGCGGUACCAGAACCUGCAGAUGCGCAAGACAAUACACAGCAUCCCGGCGGUUCUGGCUGUGAAUACGGCGAUAUCCACGCAGGAGCAUCGGCGGCUGUGGGCGUCGCCAGGGUGGUUACCGGAGGAGAUUGGGGUGAUCGUGGACCAGGGCCAGUUCUUUUGCUUUGAGGGCGAGGACCUGAAGCUCCAUCUCCAAAGGGGCAUCCACAAUAUCACGGUGUAUUCCUUGGUCGGGAUGGUGGUCAAUAUUGAGAGCAGCGCGCCCCAGAAGACGCAUCUAGUGGGAAUUAUCAACGUGGCACAUGCCGAGCCUACACCGCCGGCCGAGAGCAAGUGGCACUUGUUCAAUGAUUUCUCGGUGCGGCCAAUCUCAGCUACGGAAGCCCUGACCUUCAACGCGACGUGGAAGAUGCCCUCUAUCCUGCUGUACCAGGUCAAAGCGGCCAACAACACGACGAACACGGACUGGAAGACCCAGCUCGACACGUCGAUCCUGUAUCAGGAUCGGACACCCCACUCGGACGCGAAGACUUAUCGGGUGCUCGAACAACCGGGCGAGCGCCCCGGCCCUGACACGAUUAUCGGACUCGACACAGAAUUCGUGUCGUUGAAACAACCCGAAAUCCAGAUGAACUCGGACGGCGAGCGGGAGACCAUCCGGCCCAUGUCGCACGCUCUGGCGCGAGUAUCCGUCGUCCGCGGCCAAGGCGAGCACGAAGGCGAGGCCUUCAUCGACGACUACAUCGCCAUCCGCGAGCCAGUCGUCGACUACCUCACCCUAUACUCCGGUAUCACAGCUGGGGACCUCGACCCGCGCACCACCAGACACAACCUGGUAACCCUCAAAAUAGCCUACAAAAAACUCUGGGUCCUCCUAAACCUAGGCUGCAAAUUCCUCGGCCACGGCCUGCGGCAAGACUUCCGCGUGAUCAACAUCCAAGUCCCACAGGCGCAAGUAAUCGACACAAUCCAGGUGUUCUACCUCAAGUCACGUCUGCGCAAGCUCUCCCUCGCUUUCCUUGCAUGGUAUCUCCUCAAAGAAGACAUCCAGCUCGAGACGCACGACUCUAUCGAAGACGCGCGCACAGCCCUCAAACUGUACCGGAAAUACCUCGAGUUUGACGACGCGGGGAUCCUUGAGGCCAUGUUGGAUGAUAUCUACAAGGCGGGGCGGGCGACCAAUUUUAAACCGCCCCGGAAGGAGGACCAAGUGAUUCAGCGGACGGAUACGCCACCUGUUACGGCGCCGGCGGAGGGGACGGGGGGUGUGGAGGGGAAUGGUGGUGGUGAUGGGGGUGAGGCUGUUCCCCCGGAGCCUGUUACACCGGCUGGUAAGGCGGUUGGGCUGGCGGGCGCGGGUGGGACGCCGUUUGGGGUGGUGAAUGUGUUUACGCCGGGGAAGGGGUCACCUUUGCCGAAGUAG